GGAUGAUGGAAGCUGAAAAAAGAAUUUUAAUGCUUGAUGGAAUUCCCGAAAUGGUUAAAGCAUUGGAAAGACAACAAAAAAGGGAAGAAAAAAGGGUGGAUAGACAUGAAGCUUUUGUUAACCAAUUUGAUAAUUUAGAAGAAUAUUUAACUAAAAUAAGAAUUUUAGAAUGGGAAAUUAGAAAAUUUGACAAUAUUGAACAAUUUGUUGAUAAAGUUAAUUUAAUGGAAAGGGAAAUAAAAAUAAAUAGGCCAAGAAUUGAUAAAAUAGAGAAUGAUACAAUAAAUAUUUGGGAAAAUGUUAGAAGGUGGGGAAAUCUAAAAGGACAUACUCCUCCAUUUUUAUCCUUUUCUGCUUAA